GCUCGGGCGCCUGCCAUUGUGGCAUCUUAUAGCGUCCUGAUCCAUUGCUUGACGCAGCAGCUAAAGGAACGGUCUGUGUAGUGCGCUAGGACCCCAGCCUCUGGAACUCCUGCAAACUAGCGAGGAGACACUCGUCGAGUUUCCCCUGUCAAGACAAGUAUCGCCAUGGACUUGGUGGCAUGCGGCCGUAGCUGCCACACUGCAUGGUCAUCUGGAGCUGCGUCCGUUUCUACACCUUCUCACUUAGAACGUGGAGCGUCGGAGUCUGUGCGUGUGUCAAGGAGAAAUCGUGUUGUCCCUGCAAUCGCCGUUCUUCGAUCCACAACGUUUAUCGACAACACAGGCUGUGCAGCUCGUCGUCAUCGAAAGGAAGAAGGAAAUCAAUCGGAAGGGCGGAGGCUCCCAACAACUGUUGGUAGCAAUGUAUGCCCAUCCCAACGUCGCUGCCCAUCCUUCGUAUCAGCAUCCCGCAAUGCACAUGUCUGCACGCGAGCUGGAGGUCGUAAUGGAGCUGUUGGCGCUGUCAGUGCCGAAAGAACAAACACUUCUGUGGCUACAAAGUUCAUAGCAGACUCUUCUUCUCCGUCCACGGAACAGAGAAAGAUGACACUGGUGUUCGUAGGGGCGGAGGUUGCGCCCUGGUCCAAGGUCGGAGGUCUGGGCGAUGUGAUGGGUGCCCUUCCAACGGCGCUCGCUGCUCGUGGACAUCGCGUGAUGACGAUAUCUCCGCGCUACGAUCAGUACCACGAUGCUUGGGACACCAAUGUCACUGCGCAGGUGAGCCUCGGGGGGGAGGUGGCGACUGUUCGCUUCUUCCAUUCGCGCAGUCGAGGAGUGGACCGGGUGUUCGUCGAUCAUCCGCUUUUCCUCGAAACGGUGUGGGGCAUGACAGGUCAAAAGAUCUACGGCGAGAGAGUGGGGGUUGAGUAUCCUGAGAAUCCUCUGCGGUUCUCCGUCUUCUGCCAGGCUGCACUCCAGGCUCCCUUGCUCCUCCAUUUGGCGGAGGGCCUGGGUUUGUCGUCCCCGUACGGGGAGGACGUGGUUUUCGUCGUCAAUGAUUGGCACGCCGCCCUUGUUCCUCUAUACCUGAAGAGCCGAUUUCAGUCCAGAGGCACGUACGCAAAUGCCAAGGUUGCAAUGUGUGUGCACAAUCUGGCUUAUCAAGGCCAGUUUCGUGAAGGCGAAGUCGAAUACAGCACCCUGGACCUUCCUGCGGAACUUCGACCAGCAUUCGAGCAGCAAGUGCCCAACAGCCGCAGCGAAAAGUCUGGAGAGGACCUGCGAGUACUGAAUUGGAUGAAAGCGGGAUUUGAGUACUCCGAUUUGCUGUUGACGGUCAGUCCCGCGUAUGCGACUGAGGUCUCCACAGAGCACGAGCGUGGCGCAGGUCUGCAAGACCUGAUUUCAAGGAAGGGGAUGCUUGGGAUAAUGAAUGGUGCAGAUGUGACGGAGUGGAGUCCGGUCAAUGACAAGUUCCUGCCUCAUAGAUACGACGUCAACUCGGUGUUUGACGUCAAGCCCUCUUUGAAGCAGCAGUUGCAGGCGGAGGCAGGCUUCGCAGUCCGUCCGGAAGUUCCUCUGUUUGGGUUCAUGGGCCGGCUGGACGAGCAGAAGGGGUCGGACAUCUUGGCUGCCGCCAUCCUUAAGCUCGUGGAGGAGCGCAAAGGAGAGGCUCAGUUCAUCAUGCUGGGAACCGGCAAGGCUCGGUAUGAGAAACAGAUGCAAGAUCUGCAGAAAAGAUUUCCCGGACAGGUGCGGGCGAUGACGAGAUUCAGUCCCCGACUGGCCCACAUGAUCGUUGCUGGGUGUGACUUUAUGGUGCUGCCCAGCCGCUUUGAGCCUGCCGGACUCGUGCAGCUGCACGCUAUGCUGUACGGCACGAUUCCAGUUGUUGCAUCCACAGGCGGUUUUCGGGACUCCGUGCGAGACGGUGUGACCGGCUUGCACAUGGGGAAGUUCGGCGUCAAGCCGGAUGGAACAGCGGAGGAUGUCGCCAAGGCGGUGGAGGGAUUACAGCGGGCAAUCCAGGUGUUCUCUACCGCUCGCUUCAGAGACAUGGUCGUGGCGGCCAUGUCACAGGACCUCUCCUGGAAGGGUCCUGCCCGGGCUUGGGAACAAGCAUUGCUGAAUCUGUUCAAGGAGGCACGGAAGCAAGGAAGAGAGACGACUGAGGUGUUUCCCGGAGAGAAGGUGGAGAAACACCUCCCAGCGAGAGGUGCUGCCAAGGAGACUCUGCCUGCGACCAUCAGUCUUUGACAGUGUAGUUGAGAUUGUGCGGUGCAUGGCCUUUGGAUGCAGUUGAGGUGCUCCAUGAGCGGUUACCAUAGGGUAGGGAAGUCAGUGCAACACUACAACGCUAAUGCUAUCUGUCGGAAAGUGUUUACAGGUCAUUGAAUUUCAGGUUCGGAUUUUUGGACGCUUUUGGCGGUCAAUGGUCAUUUAGGGACACACUCAGGCCAGUUUUGGAUAGCAGACUCUAAGACGAAUGUGCCUUCGACUAAUUCAGGAUUUUCUAGAAUAGAGGACGAUGCAGGGAUCCCUUUCAGUAAUUGAGUUGUUUCAUCUUAUUGUGGUGAGGCCUUUGUAAAGCGGAGUGUUCUUUACCGCUACGUGCAGUUGAAUUGUCUCUUUUUUCCCUGUAACUGCUACCCAGGACUCCAAGGAGGCUAUCAGGGAUUUAGGGGUGAAAAGAGCAGCCUCCGACAGCAGAGUGCGAAUGCAGUCUGUUGGUGGGGAGCUUGACCUGCUGGGAAAACGGUCUAGCGUCCCUUACAGAAUUCAAUUGCAGUGGAGAGAAAGGAUUGGAGCAUUUUUUGCCGUGGGGGUUUUCAUGGGAUUGACUGAAAGUGUUUUGGCGGUCCAUCGAUACUGGUUCUUCAGCCUGAACCUAUGCCACCAUAGGUGAGCCUAUCGCACCAUAUAUGAGGUGUGACGAGCUGAGACCAAGCAGAAUGACAUUGUCAGCAGCAGUAGCGAUCUGUGGGAGGAUGAAAUAUCACAUAAUAGCAGCUGGUAUUGAUUUGGGGAUGUAGUGCCGCAAUUUUGGUUGUAAGAAGAUGCCGAAGGCGAUUGCAGUACGGAGCAAUGAUAAA